AUGUCACUGUGUCAAGUAGGUGGUCCAAUUCACAUGGGUGGUUGUGGCGGUAAUCCUGUUACGUGUCGAGCAAGAAAUGUCGUUCAUUAUGUCAGUUUCCCGCAUCCAUUCGAUUUCACUCCGAAUGUGGUAGUUUCCCUAAGUGGAAUUGAUACAUGGUAUCAUGAAUUUAAAAAUAUACAAUACUUUCAUUAUUUGGUUGAUUUUAUCAAUUAUUUAAUUUAUAAAUAUUAUCAUCGUAUUAAACGUAUGGAUGCAUUAGAAACAACAAUUGAGACAUUUCUUAUAAAAAAUCAGAAUGAUAAAAUGAUGUUACGAUUGUAUGAAAAUUUCUUAUAUGCAUGA